CAGCCCAGCCUGCGCGCCCGCCGGUCCUCCCGCCCAGCCAGCCCGGGCCCGCGGGAUUGUUAGAUGGAACACGGCUCCAUCAUCACCCAGGCGCGGAGGGAAGACGCCCUGGUGCUCACCAAGCAAGGCCUGGUCUCCAAGUCCUCUCCUAAGAAACCUCGUGGACGGAACAUCUUUAAGGCCUUUUUCUGCUGUUUUCGUGCCCAGCAUGUUGGCCAGUCAAGCUCGUCCACUGAGCUCUCUGCAUACAAGGAGGAAGCCAACACCAUUGCUAAGUCGGAUCUGCUGCACUGUCUCCAGUACCAGUUUUAUCAGAUCCCGGGGACCUGUCUGCUCCCAGAGGUGACAGAGGAAGAUCAAGGAAGGAUCUGCGUGGUCAUUGACUUGGAUGAAACACUUGUGCAUAGCUCCUUUAAGCCAAUCAACAACGCCGACUUCAUAGUGCCUGUAGAGAUUGAGGGGACCACUCACCAGGUUUAUGUGCUCAAGAGGCCUUACGUGGAUGAGUUCCUGAGACGAAUGGGAGAACUCUUUGAAUGUGUGCUCUUCACUGCCAGCCUAGCCAAGUAUGCCGACCCCGUGACCGAUCUGCUGGACCGGUGUGGCGUGUUCCGGGCCCGCCUGUUCCGGGAGUCCUGCGUGUUCCACCAGGGUUGCUAUGUCAAGGACCUCAGCCGCCUGGGAAGGGACCUGAGGAAAACCCUCAUUCUAGACAACUCGCCCGCCUCUUACAUCUUCCACCCGGAGAAUGCGGUGCCCGUGCAGUCUUGGUUUGAUGACAUGGCAGAUACUGAGCUGCUGAACCUGAUCCCGAUCUUUGAGGAAUUGAGCGGAGCAGAGGAUGUCUACACCAGCCUUGGGCAGCUGCGGGCCCCUUAGCCUUCCCUGCUUCCAAACAGUGGCCAUCCCAGUAGGGGACUUUCCUACACUGUGCCUUUAUGAUCAGCCUGAUGGAGCAGAAGCUGAAGCAUCUCACCAAGUGGGGCCUGGAGGAGAAGUGACUGGAAAGGGCUUUAGGACAGGAUAGGUGCCAAGUGGGCACGUAGCAGACUGACGACUCCCAGAGCUGCCUGCUCCCUGAGUUGGGUUCCCAAAUGUGAGUGUGUGUGUGUCUCUGUGUGUGUCUGUGUCUCUGUGUGUGUCUGUGUCUAUGUGUCUUUGUGUCUCACCCUAUGUGUUCAGGUUGAGGGAAAAACUGAAAGAUCAAGACUCUCCAAGUUAGUCUGCCUCCUCUCCAGUCACCCUGAGAGCCCCCGCACUCGGUCGGGAUGAAGACUGUUGAAGGCUCUGUUGCCAAACUCAUGGCCUUUCCUUGGUGUUAAAAGGCUCAUGCCAAGGAGAAAGGGCGAACCAGAGGCUGCCUUCAGGUAUCCCAGGCACACGCCUUUCUGAUACUUUUCUCCAGCCAGCAACUGCAGACAGAAUGACAACAUUUCUGGAAAGAAAAGCUUGUUUCCAGAACCAGUAGCCCCAGCAUCCAUCAAGUCCUGUGGUCUGAGGGCUGCACAUGCCUCUAGCCAAGUGCCUGGCAUGGACCCUUUCUGUGUCUCCCCAAGGCUUGGGUGCUGGGCCUGCCUGCCUUAUCACCUAGCCAUAGUCUUGAACCUUUGGGAAAGGAGGUCUUCUCCCUGGCCUGAAGAGGACAAAUAAUGUUUCCGUUCUUUUGACUCUCUUUUAAAAUUCUCUUUCUAAACACAGGAGUGUUGGGCCUGUUUUGUUUCUGACAAAGCUGCAGUCCUGGGCCUGAGAUGAAUGUGGGAGGCUCUGGGGGUGCAGGGAGGAGGAAAACCCCCAAACCAUGAAUGUGUGUGUCCCCUUGGCUUGUAGAUCAGCUGAGCAUGGGACCAUGUCCCUAAGUCUGCUCUUCAGGGAUUCUCUGCUGGUGCUGGUGUGAGGACUUCUGUUCCAAAGUCCGGGAGGGGCGCUUGGAGCCUAUGCCCGCCCUGCUUCUGGGGCAGGGCUGUUUCCUGUUGUCUUCCCCCAGGGCCUGGCCUAUGCCUCUCACUCUGCUUCUGUCUAGUCCCUCCUGCGCUGUUGCUUUUUUGCUCCAGGGCCUCAGAAGCGCUCCUGCUUUCCCUGGCUGAGGAGAGGGGCUUUCUCUUCAUUUCCUUUGCCACCCUAAUGCACAUGCCUCCUGCCUCCCGUGACAGGUGUGAGCGAGCCCUUUACACACCUGAGCUUUGUGUGUCUCUCGCUUUCCGAGUUUCUUAGUAGCGAAUGCUUUUAAAAAUUGCCACAAAAUGGAGGUUUCCUGAGGAUGGAGAAGGGGAAGUGCUGCUGUAAUUGGGAGCACAAGGACAUCCCAAAAGGGAGCCCCACCCCAGGAUCACUGCCUUAAUUAUGGCCUCCCCUGGGGCUGGCUGGGGUUGUCUCCUCUUCUCCCUUCCUCCUUCCCUCCCUCCCUCCUCCUGGGGCAGGAGGCAGUUCCUCUCCCCAUCUCUGCUUUCCCUGGAGGCAGGGGGUCACAAAGCAUUUGAGGAUAUCCCCCUCUCAGGACUCUUCCCUGUUAUCCUUUUCAAUGUCCACACACUGGGUUCAGCCUGAGGAAUUGGCCAGUUUUUGAGCCAACCAGGUGGUGGAGCAGCAGCUUGGUGUUCUGAGAGGUAGCGGGCUGACUGGCAUCAUUCUCUAAGCAUUUGGUAUCGGCUCCCCUCCUUGUCCCAAGGUUGUAUGGCCAUGUCUUUCCCACUGGUGUCACAGAAGUGGAACAGAGUCCCUGGUGACGCGUGGUCAUUUCCCCCAGUACCAUUCCCCAGUGCCCUUGGGGUCCUACAGGUAAAGGAAGAGGGGUCCGGUGCUAGCCAGGAACGAGACCUCCUGAGGGGAAAUGGGACUUUCUGAUUCUAAGGCCGUCUCUGGGCCUUUAUCCUAAUACUGUGGAAGGAGCCUCUCUCCCAGGCCCCGCCCUGAGGUUUAGCCUCUGGGCCAAAUCUGUGGGGGGGGGGGGG